AUGGACUCUGUUGGGCCAAUGCGCAAGAAGCCAGGUGCCAAGCCGAAUCCCUUCAUAACGGACAUGGUUGCGCAUAGGAAAGAGAAGAACAGGCAGGCUCAAAAGGCAUUGCGAGAGCGACGCGCACAGCAGGCCUUUGAGCUCCAGAACGAAUUACGUUCUCUCCGCUCUCAGGUCUCGUCUCUUGGUCAGGAACGGGCGCAAUUGCGUCAAGAGAACCGGCAGCUACAACAGCUUCUGGCUCUUACCUUUAGCUCGUGGCUUCCUGAGGUUGCGCAGGAGAUGGCGGAUGCUCACUCGCACGACGCCGUGAUGAUUGCGGCAAAGGCAUUAGCGGAGUUACAGGCUCGCCCAGUCAUUCGUCAAGAGAAAGUAUUUGCUGAGCCAGCAAAUGUAAAGACUUACUCUCCAGUUCCAAUGGACGUAACACAGACUGAAGAUGAUACAGAGGACGAAAGCUUUCAAGAGGGAGGCGAGGAUACAUUCCUUCCGGCGAUUCAAUCAGAAUGGGACGAUAAUCCCAAAACACCCAAUGCUGAGGAGUCUUCGGUCAUUACCGCCCAUAUAUCUCACCUCCCCACACCCGAUCCUUGCCCUCCCAUCAAAAGCUGCUGCCCUCCUGCAAAGAACCCCUUCUCUACCACCUUAGAGCCACCUGCAGCCGUUGAAAACUGUGCCGAGACUAUGCCUUGUUUCGUUCUUCGCGAGAAAAUCCUCAAAUACGGUCGACACAUUGAUCUUGCUGCCUUGUGUGAUGAAUUAGUGCGGCGAGCGGUUUGUCACGGCAAUCCGUGGGACCCCGCCGAUUGGACGGUUCCUCCAGACCUUUUUGAACGUUUUCCUUGCAUGAAGUAA